GUGACUCUGGUGGGCGGCGGAUCGAGAGUGACGCGUUUCACCUACACGAUUUAUAAAGGAAAAGACAACAAACAACACUCACUAACUUUCUGAGCAGCGGAUUACACACAGAUACACACAACCGCAUAUACACACACAUUCACACCGAGUCAUGCAGUACCAGCCGGCGGCUAGGCCCGUGCCCCUGUACGCGCCAACCCCGGUUCAGCCCUCGCACCCUACUCCGUUCUACAUUGAGGACAUUCUGGGCAGGAGCGAUGGUACCCCGAGUGCGUGCUCUCCGCUCGCCCAUGCGCCAACACCCAUUCCUGUACCCGCACCGGCUUUACCGUCACCGAACUCAUCCUUCACCAGCUGGGUGCCACCGUACCGGAGCGCUGUGUACGAGCCAACACCGGUCCACCCGCACCAGAACCCGCACCACCAGCACCAGCACCAGCACCCGCACCACCACCACCACCACGCCGCGCUCGCCGCAGCCGCCGCAGCCGCAUACGGGAACCCGCUGUACCCGUUACACCGCGCGCUGCUCGGAGACUACUCACACGCGCUCCUCAGACACGACCCUCUCGGUAAGCCUUUACUGUGGACUCCGUUUAUUCAGCGUCCUCUGCACAAACGAAAAGGAGGUCAGGUUCGUUUCUCCAAUGAUCAGACUGUUGAACUGGAGAAAAAGUUUGAGACGCAGAAAUAUCUCUCACCACCGGAGAGGAAACGACUGGCCAAGCUGCUGCAGCUGAGCGAGAGACAGGUGAAAACGUGGUUUCAGAACCGCAGAGCGAAAUGGAGGAGACUGAAACAGGAGAAUCCGCAGGUCUCUAAGCGCGAGGCGGAGAGCGAGCACGCGGACAGAAGCUGCGCGCUCGCGAGCCCGCGCGCCUCGGACCCGCACCCCGCGCGCUCCUCGUCGUCGUCGUGCUCGUCGCCGUGCUCGCGCGCGCUGCUCGAGUCGGAGGUUUCGGACGAUUCGGACGGCGAGUUGGACAUCGAGGAGGACGCGGACAUCUCACCGAGUCCUCCGCAUCUCUGAGGGCGCCGCUGCAAACACGGGACACGUGGACAUUCUUAUUUAUCUACCCGUUCAGCAGCGUCCUGGACUUCUCUGACUGUACAUAGUGACACACACACACACACACACACACACACACACACACACACACACACACACACACACACACAUGCUUUUAUAUUUAAUGUGAAAUCAUUGCAACUCGGUUGAAGCCUCUGUGUUACAACAAAUGGACAAUAAUUGUGUGUGUGUGUGUGUGUGUGUGUGUUCAGCAUUAAAACCAUUAAGAAAUGUGUAAAUAUUUUAUGUAUAAUAUUCCUAAUAAAUGGUGAUCUUAUCAUUA